AUGGAGAUCGCCACCAGGAAGACGCAGGAGGUCCACGCGCUGUACGUCAGCGGAUUGGUGGACAACGAAGUGUGCAAGUGCGUGCUCAAAUACUUUGUCAAGUGGUGUUGGGUCCACAGCAACACCAUCAAGGUGGUUGAUGAGUUCAUGUUUGCUGACAUCCUGCACAACGCACUCAGAUCCUUGGGCAAAUUCCUGCCGGACAAGAGCUCAGUCACCUUCAAGCCCCAUGCAUUGCCUUUGGUGGAGACCUACAAUCCCGAUGCUGAUGCAAUCUAUCCAAGCAAAGGUCGACCCAUCAGUCACCAGUUCCUGUAUCUGUUUCACUACAAACACCUCAACAACCAUCUGCGCAAUGCCACAGAUACCAAGAUCAAGCACAUCCAUGCCAGCGAGGGGAAGUCUUUCAACAACACAUUCAUCUCAGUCAUGGACGUGGUGUCCCAAAGCGUGGCCAAGGCUGCAUCCGAGGGGUGGCGAUCUGCCGUGGUGCUCUUCCUCGCCCACAAUGCCACAAAUCAGCUGAAGAUCAUCGAGUCAUACAGCGACGCUCACAGACCUCAACAAAAGGGGCAGCGAGUAUGA